UCUCCCUCCGUGCCAGGGCCCAGGCUGGGUGCUGAGACUGAGAGUCUCAAGGUUAGUGAGACAGAAAAUCACAGAGACAUGGAGACAGGGACUCUCACACAUAAGGAGAUGGAGAGUCUGAGAGACGGAGAGGAUGGAGAGACACGGAGUGGAGGAGAUGGAGAGUCUGAGAGAUGGAGAGAUGGAGAGGCGCGGAGUGGAGGAAAUGGAGAGCCUGAGAGACGGAGAGAUGGAGAGAUGCGGAGUGGAGGAAAUGGAGAGUCUGACAGACGGAGAGAUGGAGAGGCGCGGAGUGGAGGAGAUGGAGAGUCUGAGAGAUGGAGAGAUGGAGAGGCGCGGAGUGGAGGAGAUGGAGAGUCUGAGAGAUGGAGAGAUGGAGAGGCGCGGAGUGGAGGAAAUGGAGAGUCUGAGAGAUGGAGAGAUGGAGAGGCGCGGAAUGGAGGAGAUGGAUAGUCUGAGAGACGGAGAGAUGGAGAAGUGCGGAGUGGAGGAGAUGGAGAUUCGGAGAGAUGGAGAGAUGGAGAAGUGCGGAGUGGAGGAGAUGGAGAGGCGCGGAGUGGAGGAGAUGGAGAGGCAGAGAGAUGUAGAGGCAGAGAGGCGCAGACUGGAAGAGAUGGAGUGUCCCAGCGAUAAGGAGAUGGAGCAUAUCCAUGGUGUAGGAAUGACAAUGGAUUCCGAGUCGAAUGGUCCUGGAGUGAGAGCCAGUAAAAAGCCCACACAGUUGGAUCCUGUUGAAGGUACAGAGCAGAACAACUCAGAAUGUCAGCCUGACACAGACACAGCGGGCUAUCCUGGAUCAGAACAGCAGAGUCCAGGCCAGAAGGACCUCAAACUCAGCCCCAGAGACUUGCUGCUCCGCAGCACACAACGCAACAACAAUGUGGUGCCAGCUCACAGGACAGAGAGCAGCCCAGGCACAGCACUGAGUGCAUCUGUGCCCAUGGAGGAGGUGGAGAGUCCAGUCUUUGAGUUGGAGCAAGAUGCUGUGACAACGGACUCAGGUGGGACAGAGAGUGUGGCACAGGAACCAGUCGAAGAGACCAGGGACACUGAGGAGAGCGAGAAGGACACACAGCAGGAACCCAAAGAUUCCCAAAUGCAGGAAGAACCUGACAGACCAAAGAGCAUCGACUUCUCCUUCUUGAUGGCCCGGCCUCCUCGAUCUGACAAAUCGGAUGAGGAAGAGGAAGUGGCCAAGUCUCCAAGGUUGGAAGGAGCCAAUCCAAAGGGAGCAGGGCCAGGCCGGAGAGUUCAACUCUUCCCAGGAAUGGACUCCUCCUUCAAGAAACGGAUAAAGUCACGGAAUAAAUCAGCCAACGACAGUGAGGAUCCAGACACAGCCACAGCGCCCAUGCAACGUUCCAAAUCACUGCGCUUCCCCGUCCAGAUAGGACAUGCCUUCCGGAAGGUGCUUCCAGGAAAAGCUGAAAAAACUGAAAGCAGGUCGGACAAUUCCAGCCCCAGCUGGCUACAGGCACUCAAACCCAAGAAAAAGAAAUGACAUCCAUCUCCACAUGAUGAUGUGAUAAUCACAGCCGUCCAUUGAUUUACCGGCCGAGUGAUGGGAGCUGGAGCAUGGUGUCGCCUGCCCUCUGAGUGGGAGCUGACUGCAUGCAGGAGACUCUCGGGUUAACCAGCUCCCGGGUCCAUUGAUUCUGUAAUAACCGGCUCAGUGCCUCAGGCUGAAUGAAUUCUAUGCACUUUGUCUCAAUGUGUUUUCCCAGACUUUCCUCUUAGCCUCAAAGAUUUAUUUUACCCAGAAACUAUUUCUAUGCAUUUUUAAACAGUCUUUUUUUUUAAAAGGAAGAUUCUGCUGCUUUCGGUGAGCUACGCAUGUGUACUCUGCUGCUGGGUGGCUUUCCGUCAAUCUCAGAAACCAAAGCACACAUGACUCAAUUUUAUAAUAAAUAUUCACUUCACAACCAUAA